AUAAUAAAUAAAUAGUGAAAUUUUUGAAUUCAAGAGAAAAAAAUCAGGGCCUUAGACUAAGCCCAAUUCUAACGGGUCCGGAAUUUUCCUAGUCCCAGAGAAAACGCGACAUUCUCCCCGCUCGAGUUCUCAGUUGUAAACUUCCGUCGCCGCCGGUGAAAUACAAUACAAAAGAAUCUGCAACUUGCUUGUUAUCGAAGAACACCAUGGCAGGUGGACCAACUGACAGAGAAGACAAGGUCUCACUUGAGACCACUGAAGAAAUUCUACAGAGCAUGGAAGUCGGCAUGACAUUUCGCGACUAUAGUGGUAGAAUCAGUUCAAUGGAUUUCCAUAAGACAUCAAAUUUUAUGGUGACAGCCAGUGAUGAUGAGUCCAUACGUCUAUAUGAUGUUGCAAAUGCAACGUGUUUGAAAACUAUUAAUAGCAAAAAGUACGGGGUCGAUCUGGUUAGCUUCACUUCUCAUCCAACGACUGUAAUAUACUCCUCCAAGAAUGGUUGGGAUGAAUCUCUACGACUUCUUUCAUUGCAUGACAACAAGUACUUGCGGUAUUUCAAGGGUCAUCGUGACAGGCACACUUCUAAGCAGGUCGUCUCUCUUAGCUUAUGCUAUAGAAAGGAGUAUUUUAUCUCUGGCUCACUUGAUCGAACUGUUCUACUUUGGGAUCAAAGGGCUGAGAAAUGCCAGGGCCUUCUUCGAGUGCAAGGAAGACCAGCUACUGCUUAUGAUGAGCAAGGCCUUGUAUUUGCUAUUGCUUUUGGAGGAUAUAUAAGGAUGUUUGAUGCACGCUAUUUCGACAAGGGACCUUUUGAAAUUUUCUCUGUUGGUGGAGAUGUGUCUGAUGCUAACAGCGUUAAGUUCAGUAACGAUGGGAGACUUGUGCUUUUGACAACUAAGGAUGGGCAUAUUCAUGUGCUUGAUUCUUCCCGUGGCACACAUUUAUCAACGUAUAAUGUACAGCCCGUUUCAAGUAGUUCAACACUGGAGGCAUCUUUCAGUCCAGAAGGGAUGUUUGUUAUAUCAGGAUCAGGUGAUGGUAGUGUUUAUGCUUGGAGUGUCCGGAGCGGUAAAGAAGUAGCCAGUUGGAUGAGUACAGAUACUGAACCACCUAUGAUCAAGUGGGCUCCAGGAAGCUUAAUGUUUGUGACCGGUUCUUCUGAGCUUUCAUUUUGGAUCCCGGACCUAUCAAAAUUAGCAGCUUAUGUCGGAAGAAAAUAGUGGAAUUUCAUACUGUACUUCAUGUGUUGGGAAGUGAUAGAACAAGGCCACCAAAACCUAUUGGAUUGUUCCUCCUGAGCAUUGUCUGCAUGAUGUUAAGAAUUCACAGAUCAUAAUGUAUGCUCGUCAGAGUGCUUUCUGAAGUCGAACACUGGACGAUCAGUGUUGGCUACACCAAAAAUCAGUAGUUGGGAGGUUGAAAGAUUGGUCUAGCUCAGAACUGUGGUGGUAUAAUUCUAUUAGUGAAUUGAUUUGUCAUGAAACUUUAUUUGAUUGUUUGAAGGCCACAUUGUGUUUUAUCACAAAUGGAACUUCUAAGUCUUAAGCUCUCAUAUGAUUAAUGAGAUUUGGACUUUUGGGUUUGUCCGCUCCUAGUAAGUCUCGAUUCAUCCUACUGUCUCUAGAGAAGCAGCAUCUGGCAUUAGCUGACUAUCCUCUUUACAUCCGAGAAAAAAGUAAAAGAAAAGAGGAAAUUGAAAUUGUCAAUAUCAGGUAUAUUGUUGAAGAUAAAUUAGAUGGUAUCUCCAUAUUUGCUCGUUGUAAAUUACUUGAUCUAACUCAUUUAUUUUCCUGAUGUUCCGUGCCUAUCUUUUGUUUGGAAUAUGUCCUGUUAUGUAAUGCCUGAUAUUUUAGGAUGUAUGUGUA